AUGACUGGAAUCUUUGAAGUCAACGACAACAACGAAGCCAUCUUCAAUGCAGCGGUGGCCCCUAUCCUCCCGCAAGUCCUGCAGGGUAAACCAAGCAAUUUCUUUGCACACGGCCAUUCAGGAAGUGGAAAGUCUCACACCAUCAUCGGAUAUGACUAUGAGACCACCAAAGAGCUCGGUCCCUGUCUAGCUUCUACCCGUCAUCUAAUGCAAGAGCUCGCUCGUCUGAACGCAAACGAUGGCAGCAACCAAUUAGGUAUUGGGAUUCGCAUGUAUGAGCUUCGGAAGAACAGCGCUUUUGAUCUCUUGAACGGGCGCUGUGAAUGCUUUGUCCGCGAGGGAGUGCGACCAAUUGUGACCAAGGCAUGCUGGAGUUUCCAGGAUCUCUCGAGCGAGUUACAUGCAGGAAUCAAGUUUCGCGCGACAGGGACGUCGACGGUCCAUGACCAGAGUUCGCGGACUCAUGCGGUCAUUGGGUUUGAGAUCGUCACUAAGGAUCUACUUGAGGCCCGCGAUGCGAUUGUCGAGCGACAAUCUGAGCUCGUUCCAGUGGGCAAAUAUGCGACGGAUGUGUAUCUGGAGGGACAAAUUCGGGCUUUUAUACAGAACGAGAAAGAGCAGUAUGUCCCGAAUCCUGAUUAUCAGGUGGAUCAAGCAUGCAUCGACACUGCAGAGGCCAGAAAAGCCGAAUUCGAAGCACAAGUCACAUCUGCCGAGGAGCACGAGUCAAACCUGUUCCAGAGUAUAUCCCGUCGCCAUGGCUGUCUGGGAGGAAAGCUUGUGCUCGUGGAUCUAGCUGGUUCAGAGUACUUUGAUGCAAGGAAUGGACUAAGGCCAAACAAGACAUCUCAGGAGAAGCAAGAAAGGAGACAGAUUAAUACUGAUCUUCUGGCUCUCAAGGAGGUGAUUCGGGCUCGGGCUCAGAAUCUAGCUCGAGUCCCCUUUGGAUCAUCGCCGCUCAUUAUGGUCUUACGUCUGCACUUUCGGGCUUCGUCUGAUAACUACGGAUUCUGCGAUGAUUUGACAGUCUCACCUUUGGUUAGAGAGUUCGCUGCUACGAUGAAUACGUUAAAGUAUGGAAGUCUGGUGGGAGUUGCAGGGGACAAGAAAUAG